AUGACGGCCAACGACAGCACCGUUUCCGCAGCCCCGGAACCGGCAGGCCUCAACCAGACCAAGGCCUCCACCACUUCCAACGGGACCACGAAGAAGUCGGCACCUUCGCACCCUCUGGGCCCUCUGACCGCGAGUGAGAUAUCCCAGUCUUCAGACUUGAUUAGGGCACAAUGGCCCGAGGGGACCAAGUUUCAGUUCAAGGUCGUCACACUCCUUGAGCCGCCAAAGACCGAACUGGCUCCGUACCUGCAGGCGGAGAGGGCUGGCCAACCAGUCAAGCCCAUUGAUCGGAAGAGCCAGGUAGUGUACUACCUGAGGAACACUGACAAACUCCACGAAGCUGUCGUCAACCUUAGCGCUGCCAAGGUCGAGAGCAAUGUCCGGCUCGGCCCUUUCAUCCACGCCCCCGGUGAUGGGGAGGAGAUCAUCGCCAUCGAGAAAGCUAUGCUAGCAGAUCCCGGCGUACAAGCCGAACUCGAGAAGCUGAAGCUACCGGAGGGCAGUGUUGUUGUAUCUGACCCCUGGAUUUAUGGGUCUGACGGCGUCCACGAGGGCCUCUUCUCCGAUCACAAGCGGGUCAAGCAGUGUUUCUUGUACAUGCGUGAUCCACAAAACUCCAAGGAAGAGGAUGGCUGCCAUUAUGCAUUCCCGCUUCCAGUCUCGCCUGUUGUCGACACGGUCGAUUACAAGGUCAUCCGGAUCGACAUCUUGCCCACGGGCAAGGAUACCACCGUGAAGUCGCUCGAGGCAUGGAAGGGCCCCGUGCCUCCGAAUGAGUACAUCCCCGAGGCACAACCUAACGGGCUCCGAAAGGACUUGAAGCCGCUGCGGGUAGUUCAGCCUGAAGGAGCAAGUUUCACGGUCGAGGAGUUCAGUGCGGACGGCCUGGGCAAGGUGAUCAAGUGGCAGAAGUGGGAGUUCAAGGUCGGCUUCAACCAGCGUGAGGGAAUGGUCCUGUAUGAUGUGCACUACGAUGGCAACCCCCUGUUCUACCGCCUCUCGCUGUCCGACAUGGCCAUCCCCUACGCGGACCCCCGCCAUCCAUUCCAUAAGAAGCAGGCCUUCGACCUGGGAGACGUCGGCGCCGGCAUCAUGGCCAACAACCUCAGCCUGGGAUGCGACUGCUUGGGCUCCAUCUACUACAUCUCGGGCGUGCUGGCCGACACCGAGGGCAAGCCCCAGGACUACCCUAAUGUGGUCUGCAUCCACGAGCAAGACGCCGGCCUCCUGUGGAAGCACACCAACUACCGCACCAACCGCGCCGUCGCAGUGCGCAACCGCGAGCUGGUCCUGCAGACCAUCCUGACGGUUAGCAACUACGAGUAUAUCUUGGCCUGGAACUUCAGCCUCGCAGGCGACGUGACCUAUGAGGUUCGCGCGACUGGCAUUCUGUCCACCCAGCCCGUCGACCUCGACCUCACCAAGGAGCCACACCCCUACGGCACAGUCGUGCACCCAGGUGUGCUCGCCGCUUUCCAUCAGCACUUCUUCUCCCUCCGCAUAGAUCCCAUGAUCGCAGGGCCAGACAACCAACAAGUAGUCUACGAAGAAGCCCACGCGAUCCCCCGCGACCCAAAGGAGAACCCCCACGGGGUAGGCUACACAGUCAAGCGCACGCCCAUCACGGCGUCGGGCGGCUACGACCUCGACACCUCGCGCAACCGCACCUUCAAGCUCGUCAACACGGGCGUCAAGAACAGCGUCAACGGCGCCAGCGUCGCCUACAAGCUGCACGUCCCGCCCAUGCAGCCCAUGCUCGCCGACCCGGAGAGCUACCACCACCGCCGCGCCGAGUUCGCCGACCACAGCAUCUACGUCACGCGGUACGCCGAGAACGAGCUCUUCGCGGGCGGGUACUACACGAACCAGUCGCGCGGCGGGGCGGGCGUGCGGGCCUGGGCUGGCCGCGGGGAUGAGCUUGCGCCUUCCCCUGCUGGGUCGCCUGGCCCUGUGGUCUGGGUGCAGUUUGGUAUCAAUCAUAUCCCACGUGUUGAGGACUUCCCUGUCAUGCCUAUGGAGAUGAUCAAGGUGACCAUGCGCCCUGUGAACUUCUUUGACCGCAACCCGGCGCUGGAUGUGCCGCCUAGCCGGCAGGAGGUCAACUGCAGCGUGGGGCUGAACGGGGUUGUGGAUGGAGUUGCUGAGUUAAAGGUUGGGGAGGAGGGCAAGGUUUGUUGUCAAUAG